UGGCGUCUCCCCAUCAGGCCCGCCUCCUCACGGCGGCCCUGAAGGGACAAACUUUCCCGGAAAAAAAGCGUUUCCACUCUUUCCCCGUAAUGGCGAAUCAGAUGGGUCUUUUCGGAGUUCGCGUUUGUUUUAAAAGGGCGUUGGCGGCUCAGUUUGGGAUCAGGAACCGCCACGAGGGAGGGGAGAAGCCCAGGCAGGAAGCCAAACUCAAGAUCUACACCAAGACAGGGGACACAGGUUUUUCCAGCACAUUUACUGGGGAACGGAGGCCAAAGGACGACUGGAUAUUUGAUGCUUUGGGUACUUUGGACGAACUCAGUUCAGCCAUUGGAUUGAGUUCUGAAUUUGGGAAGGAAGGAGGUCACUCUUUUGCAGAAGAACUUCAUAAGGUUCAAUGCAGGCUGCAAGAUGCUGGUGCCAACAUCGCGACCCCUGUCUCGUCGGCCCGAGAGGCUCAUUUAAAACGAACUAGCUUCGACGAAAAGCCGGUUUCAGAGCUGGAAAAAUGGAUCGAUGGAUACACUGAUCGGCUUCCUCCCCUGCAGUCAUUCAUUUUGCCGUCAGGAGGAAAAACCGCAGCCGCCCUCCAUUUUUCCAGAGCCGUUUGCCGUCGAGCCGAAAGACGGGUUGUCCCUUUGGUGAAAGCUGGGGAAGCGGAUGCCAACGUGGCCAAAUACCUCAACAGGCUGAGCGACUACCUCUUUGUCUUGGCUCGCUUUGCUGCCCAGCAGGAAGGGAAGAAGGAAUUAAUUUAUGUACGGAAAGAAGAAACUGUGAAAAUAAAUUAAUAUUAUGACAUACUGAA